AUGACCCAUCGCGAAUCUCGCCCUUCAUCUCCCUCCGCGCCAGCGAACAAAAGGCGACGCAUCUCCAAUCCGGUCCCGCACAAGUUUAUCACGAGCAGCAUGGCGGGAACCGAUGACCAGGCGCUGCCUGUUUUAAAACUCACUCGCCUUGAGAAAACCGUGAAGUCUCUCCUGUUGGAUGUCGCAGAAUAUGCACGGGCAAAGGCGAUUUCAGAGGGCGCAAAUGACUCAGAUCUUCCCCAAACGGUACUCCGCUUUACUGGAGGUUGGGUGCGGGACAAGCUCCUCGGUGUCGACAGCCAUGAUAUCGACGUGGCAAUCAAUACGAUGACCGGAUAUCAAUUUGGGAUCCUACUGAAAGAGUAUUUGGACGACCCGACGAACUUGGAAAAGUACAAGCGAGAUGUGUCGAAUAGCCGCCCGAACGAUUCCAUCGUCAGCCUUCAUAAGAUCGAGGCCAACCCGGAAAAGUCCAAACACCUGGAAACCGUGACGACGAAGAUAUUCGGCUUGGACAUAGACCUGGUGAACUUGCGAAAGGAGGUAUACUCGGACGACAGCAGGAACCCCCAGAUGGAAUUUGGCACUGCCGCAGAGGAUGCUAUGCGCCGGGAUGCGACGAUCAAUGCGCUUUUCUACAACCUGAAUGAGUCGAAGGUGGAGGAUUAUACGGGAAGAGGCUUGGACGAUUUGCGCGAGAAAAUCAUCCGCACUCCCCUGGAGCCAUACCAAACGUUCAAAGACGACCCUCUGCGAGUGCUACGCCUAAUCCGGUUUGCUAGUCGAUUGGGUUACCGGAUCGACGAAGAUACCGAAAAGGCGAUGCAAAAUAGUGAUAUUGGCGAGGCCCUUAAACUCAAAAUCAGCAAGGAGCGCGUAGGCAAAGAAAUGGAUGGCAUGCUGCACGGCCCUGAUCCGCGCGUCGCUUUGGAACUGAUUGAUCGUCUUGGACUCCAUCCGACGAUCUUCGCUAACGUCCACGACGAAGCCCGCGCCGAUACCUCAUCUUGGGCCGCGGCUUACAAUGGGCUGGCCACUUUACUAUCUCCUCAGAAUACCUCAGAAUCCGUCGCUCGAGUACGCCAGACACUUAUCCGUGAAAACAGCGAGGCCUACUAUGCCUGGGUGAUCACCACAUUUGCUCCCUGGUCUGCUGUUCCUGCACGCGUCGCAAGAGGGCCCAAAGCGAAACCACUCCCUCCACGGCCGGCGGAGAUGGCCAGAGAUGGCCUCCGCUCUGACAAUAAGACGAUCGCAAUCCUCAGUGAUGCGGCUCAGAACUGGCGCACCAUUAUCGACAUCAAAUCGUCCCUACUGGAAGGCCGCAUGGAUGGCACCGAUGCAGAAAUUCGGCAAAAGAUUGGAUUGCAUAUCCGGUCAUGGAAGCGGGACUGGAGGCUGUGUGUAGUCUUGUCUCUGCUGCAAGAGAUCAUGCAAGGAGGCGAGUUUGCUCAAGUCGUCCAGGAUUAUGAUAAAUUCUUGACCUAUGUCGUAGACCAUAAUCUGCAGGACAUUCAUGACUUGAAGCCCAUCGUUCAUGGAGGGGAGAUCAUGCAGCGCCUGGGAGGGAAAAAGGGGCCGUGGUUGGCCAGAGCCUUAGAAAUGGUCCUGGAGUGGCAGCUCCUCCACCCCGAAUGUACAGAUAAGGAGAAAGCGCUGGAGGUGGUCUGUGCUAGAAAGGAAGAACUAGGAUUCGGUUCUACGUGA